AUGACCCUCUCCGCCUUUGACACCCUCGCCGGCAGACUGCGUGACGCACUACAAUACUGGCUGCAGCGCGAUUCCCAGGACGAUUCUGAGGAUCCCUAUGGGCUCCGAAGCAGUGCAGCAGUCAGCUUCUUCCGCGAUACCAUCAGUCUUCUUUCGGACCUCAACCAGACUGUCCUCCACCGACAGCAUGAUGUAGGCGGCGUUCUGGCCAUCCGCACCAGGAUCGAACAAUUUGAUCCCUCCGGUGGUCUGAAGGCCGUGAAUGUGGACUCUAUUUUAUCCUCCAUGUACAUCGAAAUUGCGAACUGGAACUCUGCUAAGUUGUCAGACACGCACCAGCCUACGCUAAUCUUCAUCUCUGCCGUGUUCUCCUUUCCGGCAGGACUGGGUGACCUUGGAUUCGAAUGCGGUUUCUUCGGUUUUUGCCAUAAUCUAACACUUCGCCACGUGUCCGUUUCCUGUCGAUUGUGA